AUAAAAAGGGCCUCCCCUGCCUCUCACUGCAGACGAGACAGCUACCAGCCCUCAGGCUCCCUCUGGCAUCUGGGAUUGCACUGGAUCUGCACACUCUGAGCAAGGUUCCUCCAAGCUGAAGCCAUGAGGAUCUGCAGCCUCACCCUGCUGCCCUUCCUCCUUCUGGCCGCUCAGGUGCUCUCGGUGUUAGGUGCACUGAAAUCAUUGGAGGGGCAAGGCAGUACAGAAACCAAAGAUCAUUGGAUCCCUCUGGGUAAGCCCCAGAUUGUGCAGAGGCCCAGGCAACACAGGCACUUGGUCAACGGCGUGAUUAUCACCCCGGAUCUGGCCUCAUGUACUGUGACUGUGAUGGAGCACGAGGAAGGCACCGCCAUGAAGGCCGUGUGCUCCCGAAUGGACCAUCACUUUUCCUGUGUCUUUACCGGCAACCCAACUUCCUGCAUAGAGGGCUGUAAAAGCGAUAUUAUUUAUUGGAGACAAAUUGCUUAUCACUUGAGCUUCCAGAGGAACCUCUGUGAGGACGCCAAUGUGGUCCUGAGGAGCAGGGUCUGCAGUAGGAGGUUUCCAGAAUCAAAUUUCAAGCUGGUGUUCUCCACUCUGAUCGUUGAUCUCAACCAGUGUGAUAAGGACAUCACCCCCUGGUGGCAUAUCAUAAUCCAUGAGGCCCCCACAACAGGUACGACAGAAAUCAUACCGUUCUUUCCAGGGCCAGGGAUCCAGACCAUUGCACCCGUCCCUACAGAGGCGGUUGAAGUCACAGAGACCACCCCAACAGUGCCCAUCGUGAUUCAACAGACCACUCCCAAGGAGCAGAUAAAAGGGAAAAAGACAACCACUACCCAGCAGCCCAAGACUGAACAGACCACCACCACAGUGCCCACCGUGACUGAAGAGACCACCCCCACUGAGGAAGUAAAAGUGGAAGACACCACCACUACACAGCAGCCCAAGACUGAGCAGACCACCACCACAGUGCCCAUCGUGCCGGAAGAGACCACUCCCACUGAGGAGGUAACCAUGGAGGAGACCACCACUACACAGCAGCCCAAGACUGAGCAGACCACCACCACAGUGCCCAUCGUGCCGGAAGAGACCACCCCCACUGAGCAGGUAACAGUGGAAGAGACCACCACUCCACAGCAGCCCCAGAUCCAACAGACCGCAGCCGCAGUGCCCAUCGUGCCGGAAGAGACCACCCCCACUGAGCAGGUAACAGUGGAAGAGACCACCACUCCACAGCAGCCCCAGAUCCAACAGACCGCAGCCGCAGUGCCCAUCGUGCCGGAAGAGACCACUCCCACUGAGCAGGUAACCGUGGAAGAGACCACCACUACACAGCAGCCCAAGACUGAGCAGACCACCACCACAGUGCCCAUCGUGACUGAAGAGACCACCCCCACUGAGGAGGUCAAAGUGGAAGACACCACCACUACACAGCAGGCAAAGACUGAGCAGACCACCACCACAGUGCCCAUCGUGAUAGAAGAGACCACGCCCACUGAGCAGGUCAAAGUGGAAGAGAUCACCACUACACAGCAGCCCAAGUUGGAACAGACCACCACCACAGUGCCCAUCGUGAUGGAAGAGACCACGCCCACUGAACAAGUCAAAGUGGAAGAGACCACCACUACACAGCAGCCCCAGAUCGAAGAGACCACCCCCACGGAGUCAUUCUACAAUGAGGUUACCACCCCCAAACCCAACUGUAAUGAUGACUCAGGCGUCAAAAUCAAGCAGACGAUAAUCUACCAGUCGCCUCACGAUGUGGGCCAGAAGACAGUCCAGCAGAGUACCCUCAACGACUAUGACGACUCAGGGAGCGCCUUCUGAGAAAUCUUUGGCACUGUGAUACAGGACCAACAAUUGUAAUGAGGCAAAGGCCAUUGGAGCCAGUUAGGAGAUGCCAUGGCAUUGGUCCUUCUGCACGCUUUGAAGCUCUCCAGGCUCUCCAUGAGAUAGGUAGGAACAUUUGUGCUGUGGGAGUGCAGCUGAUUUUUAAACAAGGUUUGUAAUUCUGUGUUUGUGUUUGGAAAUUGCUAUGUAUUCCCUCCCUUGAAUGUGAUCUUCAGAGGCUGUUUACCUCAGUGUAUGUUUUCACGGCCCACAAUGCUGUGUGUAUAUGAGCAUUGAGGACCAGUCUUUGGGCUGAACAAGCCAGAGUGAUAAUUUCAGUGCGACGCACUUUUUCCCGAAUUAAUAGACAUUAAAACUUUUCUUCAAAAAUA